AUGACGGAGGCGAGUGGGCCGCAGCCGUUGCAUCAACUCUUCGUCAUGUAUUCCUUUGAUCCUGCGGAGCCCGAGGAGGAUGGGAGCGAGCCUGAGGAGGAUGGGAGCGAGCCCGAGGAGGAUGGGAGCGAGCCCGAGGAGGAUGGGAGCGAGCCCGAGGAGGAUGGGAGCGAGCCCGAGGAGGAUGGGAGCGAGCCCGAGGAGGAUGGGAGCGAGCCCGAGGAGGAUGGGAGCGAGCCUGAGGAGGAUGGGAGCGAGCACUUGGAGGAUGGGAGCGAGCCUGAGGAGGAUGGGAGCGAGCCCGAGGAGGAUGGGAGCGAGCCCGAGGAGGAUGGGAGCGAGCCUGAGGAGGAUGGGAGCGAGCACUUGGAGGAUGGGAGCGAGCCUGAGGAGGAUGAGAGCGAGCCCGAGGAGGAUGGGAGCGAGCCCGAGGAGGAUGGGAGCGAGCCCGAGGAGGAUGGGAGCGAGCCCAAGGAGGAUGGGAGCGAGCCCGAGGAGGAUGGGAGCGAGCCCGAGGAGGAUGGGAGCGAGCCUGAGGAGGAUGGGAGCGAGCCCGAGGAGGAUGGGAGCGAGCCCGAGGAGGAUGGGAGCGAGCCUGAGGAGGAUGGGAGCGAGCACUUGGAGGAUGGGAGCGAGCCUGAGGAGGAUGGGAGCGAGCCCGAGGAGGAUGGGAGCGAGCCCGAGGAGGAUGGGAGCGAGCCCGAGGAGGAUGGGAGCGAGCCCGAGGAGGAUGGGAGCGAGCCCAAGGAGGAUGGGAGCGAGCCCGAGGAGGAUGGGAGCGAGCCCGAGGAGGAUGGGAGCGAGCCUGAGGAGGAUGGGAGCGAGCCUGAGGAGGAUGGGAGCGAGCCUGAGGAGGAUGGGAGCGAGCCUGAGGGAUGA